CUUGUAGCCAAGUAAGGUAAGGUACACUGCACACCAGAAGAGGUAGCCGUGUCGCUGUCAUUUUGUCAUUAGUAUCCCACUUGUGCCUUGGUUCAAGUUGUGCCCUGGAUUUGGUCAUCGACUUCUGUUCAGUUCCUUUUGCUGGUCUCUCACCGUGAUUACCUCUACGCCCUCGCUCGGCGCAAGACAACAAGAUCUAGAAUCAGUAUCGCGUUGAGCUCAGCGAAUCUGUUUUGCUGCCACCCGGCGAACACCACCAGGCCUGAUAGCCAAGCAUCGAUCAAGUUCUCUGCGACCGGCACACUCGGCUGAAAGAAGACAGCGCAUUGCAGUGCGCAUUGCAGUGUUGAAGCAGCAUGGAGGCAGGGAAGGCCGUCAUCGUAGCAGUGGCGGUGCCCGCGCGAAGGAUGCUCAAUCUAAAGAUUACACCAACAGCCAGGCGCUAUUUUGGAGCGUCACCGACUUGUCGCCGCCAAAGCCUGGAUCCACGCAACAAUUUCGCGCCCAAGGAGUACCUGGGCAAGGAGAUUGUAGACGACUAUGCCAUCCUCAGAGACCAGUAUGAAACACCCGAAAACCCCAUUGUUCUGGCCCAUGGCCUUCUUGGCUUUGCUGAACUAAAACUUGCCGGCUCCUUUCUGCCUUCUAUCCACUACUGGCACGGCAUCAAAGACGCGCUUAGCAGGAGAAAUUGUGAGGUCAUUACCACCACCGUCCCGCCAAGCAGCUCGGUCGAGCAGCGUGCGGCCGAGCUGGCCCGUGGCAUUGAAGCCCGGGCCCAGGGAAAAAGCGUUAACAUCAUAGCACACAGCAUGGGCGGUUUGGAUGCUCGAUAUAUGAUCUCGCAGCUUAAACCCGCCAGUGUAAGGGUCAAGUCGCUCGUCACCGUCGCGACCCCCCACCAUGGCAGCACCUUCGCCGACUAUUUGAUGGAUGAAAUUGGGCCUGAACGCUUGCCCAGUCUCUACAACAUAUGGGAGCGCAUCACCGGCUUCGAGACGGGCGCUUUCAACCAGCUGACCAAGAGGUACAUGACUGAAGAUUUUAACCCCAAGACACCCGAUGACCCCGAAGUCCGUUACUUCUCGUACGGAGCCAUGGUCCAUGAGAAACCACCACUCCUCAGCCCUUUCCGCCUUUCCCACGGAAUUAUUCACGGCAUUGAGGGGCCCAAUGAUGGUCUCGUCAGUGUACAGAGCAGCCGGUGGGGCACGUACAAAGGAACGCUCUCUGGCGUGAACCAUCUUGAUCUUAUCAACUGGAGCAAUAGAUUCCGCUUCACCUUGCAAAGGUGGAUGGGCAGGCCGCCCACUUUUAAUGCAAUCGCCUUUUGUCUCGACAUUACCGACAUGCUUGCGAAGGAAGGAUUGUGACCCUUGUAAAAUUCCGUGCCCGUUAUUCUGUAGACCGAUACUGCUCAGGCUGUUCUCAAGUUAAAACAUCACCGCAAGUCGGUAUCGGAACGGCCACGGCGUCUUCCAUCAAAAGCGUAUAGGUAUCAUUCACCACCCUUUCCGCCCUCCUCCUACAUCGCACAGCCUUCCAAGUCCCGAAAUACAAUGCAUCGAAGGACCGCGUUGACGCUAAGCAGCAUAUUGCAGAUGAGUCAAGAUAUAUAAGAAAGGUGUUUGUGCGUAACACCAAAAGCAGGUGGGCGCCAACCACGCUUCAAGCUUGCGCGUGACACGGCGACACUCCGGCAUAGCUGUGCUCUCAAAGGAUGGGCUCUUCUUCAAAGAGAUACGGGCUCACGAGAACGGCUGCCCUGCGGUUCCCUGAUCUGCCCAGUAACCUGACUCAGAAGCCAUGCAUUGGCUUUCGGAAUUUGUGUGACCGACAGCCAAUAUGUCAACGUCUAACCGAAGUUUAGGGGUGUCUUACGACGAUACGGUUCGACUCGUUGCUGAUCCCAGGAAGGGUCACGCAACUGACGAAUAUUGUAUAAUGAAACUCCUCGCUUAAUCGGACCAUGGAGAUAGUCGAGUAUUGUGGGGGGUUGGAUUGUUCCAGGCCUACAAGUACAUGUUGGUCACGAUCACGGUCACAAAUCAUGCGACCUUCCAGAGAAGUCGGUUUGCGUAGAUCUAUUACGACAAUGAGGCACAGGACGACGGACUCCCACUUCAUUCCAAUACUGCAUACAUAUUUGCUGAUAGCCAACCAAGCAUUGGUUCCCAACAGUGAGUGUACAAGGCAAUGGAACGUCACACAGCCUUAAAUAAGGCGCAUAUGAUGGAGUUCUGUCGCAGAACGGCCAGCAAUCUUGUCGAGGAUCCCAAAACUUCCCAGCCACUUCUGGAUGAGCGUAUCAUUUUGGGGGCUCAAAUCCUGCCGCGCAGCAUGCGCUUCUCCAAGAUGCAUCUGACGCACAAUAGCCUUCGCUGCCUUAAUUCCCAACUGACCGGUUUCUUUCGGUCUCAUGAUCUGAAUCUCAUACACACCGCACCAGCAUAUCAUGACCAACGACGGUACUCAAUAGCUUUGCAACAAGAAGAAGGCAGGACGAAACACGAAGCUUUAGACGCAAGCAAGCACCCUCUUGCGGUCGAUAGGAACAGCCACAUAUCCUCG